GGUGAUCACAUUUCAUGCAAGUUUUGUGUGGGAGAUUCUUGUACCAUGGUGUUAACAACCCAAGGUUCCACCAAGGUUGACUAAUUUAUUGUUUUCUAAGCAUAAGGAGUGGCAGAAUCUCAAGCUUUCAGAACAGGUGUUAGUCGUAUGGCUUCCAAGCUCUUCUUCUCCAGAUUCAGUCGUCUACAGACUCAUACGGCGUCGUUCUCAAAGCUCGACGAUGACGUCGUCGCGGCACUUUGCAAUUCCUUCAGAGCAAGACGCAACUGGGACUCCAUAACUCACCAGUUCCGUUCUCUCGAUUUAAACGACUCGUUGGUUCAACACCUCCUUAUGCAAUUCAAUUCCCCCUCCGACGCAAAAGCCGCAUUGGGCUUCUUCCACUGGGCCGCAACUCGGCCCAACUCCACCUUCCAGCCCACCACUCGCUCCUACGCCAUCACCAUCAACCUCUUGUUAAGAGCCAACUUACUCGUCCACGCGCGCGCUCUUCUUCGUUCUCUCACCAAAACAAACACUCACUCACAUGCGGUUCCUGCACUCGUCGAUUCUCUUCUUGACGUUCUCGUUUCAACCUCUCGCGACCUCGCUGUGAACCUUCUUAUCCAAGCCUAUGCAAAGGCCAGGCUAACGGACGUCGCCUUCCACGUUUGUCGCUACGUGGAGGAGCAUGGAGUCUCCGUCACCGUCGUCAGUUUUAACGCCUUGCUUCACGCAGUGCAGAGAUCUGAAAAAUGUUUUCUCGUUUGGGAGGUUUACGAGUUCAUGAUUCGGAGAAGGAUUUACCCUAAUUUGACGAGUUUGCGAAUCAUGGUUGAUGUGUUGUGCAAGGAAGGUGAAUUGCAGAAGAUUGUUGACACGCUGGAUCGGAUUAUGCGGAGGAGUACUUUCCGUUCUCCUUCUAUGAUCGUGAAUUGUAGUUUGAUGUUGAGGAUUUUGGAGAGGGGACGCGUGGCGGAAUCGGAGAGUGAUGUCGUGGUUUUGUUGAAGAGGAUGUUGCAGAAGAAUUUGCUUCACGAGAACGUUGUGUGGUCUUUGGUUCUGCAUGCGAAGGUUGCGUUUGGGGAUUUGGAUUCCGCAUGGGGAUUGUAUGGGGAGAUGGUGAGAAGAGGGUUUGAGCCUAACGCAUUUGUUUACACGUCGUUUGUUGGAGCGUUUUGCAGAGAUGGGAGAGUUGGGGAGGCUAUUAGUUUGGUGCGUGAAAUGGAGGGGAAGGAGCUAAGGCCAUACGGUGAGACGUAUGAGCAUGUUGUUGCGGCGGAUUCGGAGGAAUGUGUGAGGGUUUUUGAUGAGAUGGUGAGGGUUGGGUUUGUGCCUGGUUGUGUGGUGUUUAAUAAGGUGGUGGAGAGGCUAUGUGAAAAGGGUGAAGUGGAGAAAGCGAAUGGAAUGUUGAGUGUGUUGAUGGAUAAAGGGUUUUCACCGGAUGAUGUUACUUAUUCUCUUUUGAUGCAGGGUUAUACUAGAAAGGAGGAGGUUCAAGAGGUUUUGAAGUUGUAUUAUGAAAUGGAGUACAAACGUGUGAAUCCUGGGUUGUCAGUUUUCGUGACGGUUGUUCGGUGUUUGUGUCGGUGUGGAAAGGUUGAAGAGGCGGAGAGAUAUUUGAGGGUGAUGAGAGAGCGGGUGGUGGCUCUGGAUGCUUGUGUCUAUGAGGAGUUGAUUGAUGGCUACAUCAAGAAGGGGGAUACUGCUAGGGCCCUUUACCUUCAGGAGGAAUUGGCUUCUUUGGAGUUGUAAGUGACAAUUUUGUUGUGCUAAAAAGAGGUGAAAAGACGGUAGUGAUGGUUUUUUCGCAAAAUGAAGAUUCCUGCUGGCGGUGUGAAAUGUCAAUCUAGUGAUAUUAGUGCUGCUUCAAGGACAAUGUGUGUUAGAAACCUGUUGCUAGAUGUGGAAUUGGCUAAUGUGUAUAAUUUAGAAGUUGAACAGGUGCUUCUGUAUGAUUUUACUUAUUUUGGGAAGGUUAUGCACAAAUUAGGGCCUUUGGACACGAUGAGUAUGUGUGGAAAGAAGCAAUGCUUUUGGUGGAAUGGGCUAAUCUGUAUAACUUUGAUGUUAAACAACUGCUUUUGUAUGAUUUUA